AUGCGUGCCACACUCUUCACCACUAUCCUGGCAGGAUCCCUCCCCCUCCUUGCAGCGGCCCAGACCCAGGCCACUGCUACUGCGGGGACAACGACUUCGACCGGGUCGAAGUGCGCUGCUCAGAACAUCGUGGAUGAUUGUAAAGAACGAAUGAUGGGCCAAUUGAAAGCUUGCGGAGUAAACGAGUGGAAGUGCCUGUGUGAGCAGCAGGGCAACGUUGUUACAUGCUACAACAACUGCCCUGGUUCUGCGGAGAGCGGCCCUGAAAAGCAAAAGCAACAAGUCUACUGCAACGCAGCAAAAGCUCUCCCCUCGUCGUCAACAACGAUUGCCUCUUCGACGGCUUCGGCGACGGAAGCGAAGAAGACCAGUUCCUCUACUGCCACUUCGACUAGUACGUCUACGGGUGCUGCUGCUCUUCCUACGGCGGCAUUCGGGGCUGUCGAGGGGGGCUUGAUGCUGGGUGUUGUGCUGGGUGUUUUGGGGCUGUAA